AUGGCAUUCUCUAACCGAAGCUUUCAGCGGGGUUCAAGCUCCCAUUUCCAUCCUCCUGCACCCAGUGUCAGUGGCUUAACUGUCAGGAGAACAGCCAUCCAAAAACUUCAAGCACCUAGCGUCUAUGGGGGAGCUGGUGGCUAUGGUACCCGCAUAUCUACCAGCACCAACUACGGACAAGGCUUUGGUGGAAAAUUCAGCAAUAACUUCCAGCUUCAUAUUACUGGUAAUGAUGAACUGCUGACUGGCAAUGAGAAAACAACUAUGCAAAAUCUAAAUGACCGUUUGGCUUCAUAUCUGGAGAAGGUGCGUUCUCUAGAGAAAGCAAACUCCCAGAUUGAAAAGCAGAUCAAGGAGUGGUAUGAGAAGAACACCUCAGACAUAAGGCAUGACCAUAGUCCAUACUUCAAAAUAAUUGAAGAUCUCCGAAAUAAGAUUGGUGUUGCACAGCUGGAAAAUGCAAGGCUUGUCCUGCAGAUUGACAAUGCCAAACUGGCUGCUGAUGAUUUCAGAGUGAAGUUUGAGAAUGAACACUUGCUCUUGCAAAGUGUACAGAAUGACAUUAACGGACUGCUCCGAGUCCUUGAUGACUUGACCUUGACGAAAUCUGAUUUGGAGUCCCAGAUUGAAAGUGUGAAUGAAGAACUAGUUUUUCUUAAGAAGAACCACGACGAGGAAGUUGACAGAUUGCGCAAACAGGUGGGCGGCACAGUUAACGUAGAGGUGGAUGCUGCUCCAGGUAUCAAUCUUGCAACUAUUAUGGAAAACAUGAGAAAGCAAUAUGAAGAAAUGGCAGAAAAGAACCGUGAAGAAGCCAAAGAACAAUUUGAAAAACAGACAGAAGACCUGAAACAGGAAGUAGCCAUCAAUAUCGAACAGCUGCAAAGCCAAAAGAGAGAGAUCACAGAACGGAGACAGACCUUUCAGGGCAUGGAGCUGGAAUUACAGACCCACCUUAACAUGAAAAAGUCUUUAGAAGAUACCCUGGCUGAAACUGAAGCACGUUACAGUCAUCAGCUAGCUCAAAUACAGGAAGCAGUUGCCAAUUUAGAGGCUCAACUGAGACAAAUCCGGGCUGACAUGGCAGCACAGAGCAAUGAGUACAGUGUAUUGCUGGAUAUCAAGACACGUUUGGAGAUGGAGAUUGCCACCUAUCGCCGCCUACUGGAAGGAGAGGACAGCGGUUGCGGCUCAGGCACUAAAUUAAGUAAAAUUAAGAAGAUCAAGACAAUUGUUGAGGAGGUGGUUGACGGCAAGGUCGUCUCCUCUCAGAUCAAUGAGAUUGAAGAGGCAAUAUAA